AUGACGAGGGAGCAAGGGGUACAGCGAGCAUCAUCUUCCGAUUCCUCCUACAUUUCAACAUCCACGUUGAAGGAUGAAGAGCUAGAGCAUAAUAUAGGUGGAAACGGACAGUUAGUCGAUCGUCAGAAAGAAGAAAGCGCUGUAGAGCAACCUCAACAAAAUGAAGCCCAAUUCACAUUGAAGGAUGAAGAGCUAGAGCAUAAUAGAGGUGGAAACGGACAGUUAGUCGAUCGUCAGAAAGAAGAAAGUGCUGUAGAGCAAUCCCAACAAAAUGAACCCCAAUUCACAUUGAAGGAUGAAGAGCUAGAGCAUAAUAGAGGUGGAAACGUACAGUUAGUCGAUCGUCAGAAAGUAGAAAGCGCUGUAGAGCAACCACAACAAAAUGAACCCCAAUUCACAGGCAGGCAGAUAUUAAAUAGCCGAAGGGAUACCCAGGAUGAGGAGGUCCAAGAGGUUGAGAAUCCGAUGAAAAAUGUGAAGGUGAGGCAUAAAAGUGUAGAAGAAGAGCAUACACGUCUUGAAGGUUAUGUUGAUAAAAAAGUAGAUCAAAAACAAAGUGAUGAGCAGAAAACUUUGGAAUCCGAUUCCAAGGUAGAAAACUCAUCGGAAGCACCUGAAAAUCAAAAUUUUCGGAAAUGCCGCACUCGUUGGACUAACACAAUGCGUCAAGGGUUAGUUGACAUGCUGGAACAGCCACGGCUGAAUAACCAGAAUCGACAACUGACUCAAACUACGGAGACACAAGACUGUGAUCCCCGACAACGAAGUUCGCGGCAUAUCCAACAGACGCCAAAUGAAGACCAGGAGGUUGGUCAUACGACAGAGAGUAUGGAUACAGAACUACAUAGAAGUAUUCCAGAUACAGAAACCAGACAACUAGCAACGUUAACUAAUCGCACAGACCAGGUAGCCACAGAUUCUCCAGCUCAAACUGCUGACACUAGGAGUUCUACUAGGCUUGUAAAUCGGAACUUGGAUGGAGACAGAAUUAGGCAACAUUAUAGUUUACGAACACUUAACAUCGAGGAAAGAAGCACUCGACUUCGGUUGGCCGUUAUAGAGCGGCAUUUGGAGUUCUUUAAUAGACUUUUGAUUUCGGAAAACCACCAGCUGCCGACGGGGGGCGACCUUCCGUCGGCAGGGAAGUGCCUCAGAGAACACGUGAUUCCACCGGGAGAAACCCAAUUUCGAGUCAUCCAGGAAGGCGAAGGCGCCCCCGUAACCAAAGCCGACCAAUCGAAUACAACCGUCGUCGUCGAGUCCAGUACCGACAUAUCCGGCCAAGAAAUAGGUACUUGUUCUGUUGGUGUCGGCAGUAUUGGGUACAAGCUGGCUUGCGAUUACGUAAAACAUCAACCCUCGAAUCCCAACCAUAACAAUUCAUUCGACAAAAGUGAUACCCAACAUCUCAACACCAACAAUCUUGACAGGAUCCAUCACAAAAAUUAUAAACACCAAGGCAGCAAACGACAAAGCCAUACCUACAAUAGUUUUGUUGAUGACAACAUCGAAGUGGGAGCUGAUUAUGAAAAUAUUAUUUCUCACAACACUGAUGAUACCAAUGAUUUUAAUUACCAAAAUAUAGGUAAAAAAAAUGGUGCAAAACGGCAGCAACAAGUUAAUGAUUUUAAUGGAGGUAGUACAGCAGUUGCUGCCGCCUUGCGGGCCGUCCACCUGGCGAUAAUUGGUGAUCCUGACGACACCAGUGGAGCAUCAGUGGGUACGGGCAGACUAGCAGCCGCAUUGUGUCGUGCUGAUGGCCGGGUCACCGUACUACCAUAUCGACGGAAUUUUACUAAUAGUGAACAAGUUGGACCACUUUUGAGUACGUGUCCGCUUCAACUUUUGGGACAACCAGGACCAGCGGGACGGCGAGCUCGUCUUGAUGUCAUAGAAAGGUUUGCUUGUCUACAGUACCUCGUCGCAAUGACAGUAAUAGUGACACCUUGUCUGCUACUAAUUGGCAAUGAUAUCAACGACAAAGAAAAUCUCGAGUGGAGUUUGGAAGAUGAAUACGAAUACCGCCGUCGGCGGUUCUAUUACAGAUGUGCCGGUAUCAGCAGUUGGUGUGUCUCCGAUAACAAUUCCACUUCUGAUGACGAUGACGAGAGUUACAAACUAACAGCUUAUUCAGAUUUUGACUCUGGUUAUUCAUUGCCACCAAGGGAAGAAUGGGCUGUUGAAAAACGUCACUGGUUGGAUCUACUGACUAGACACAGGGCAGCAGCCUUGGAUAAGUGGAUUCGUACGGCAGCUGAUGCCAAACAGGCAGUGGGUGAUGUCUAUGGUUAUCGGGCUCUCAUGUCCGCGCUAUGUUCUGACAGGAUCCAGUCACUUCGAGAUGCAUGGGCAACUCUUCGUCGGCUACACACUGCCACAGCCGUGGCGUUUGAGUCCCGACUUCGACCCGAGUUUCUGGGUCGCAGAGAAAAAAAUGUAGUGGCAGUGGGAAAUCCAGGCAUUAAUGACAUCGAUGACAACGACGUGAAUGAGCUACUACAGCUUCCACCUAACGCAACAGUACCUGAUGCCACAGCAUUGGCUGUACUAUACGAACAUUUGUAUAACGACAAUAAUUCUGAUACUAAUAGUAGCAUCAACACCACUGUCGCUAUCUCAAACGAUAUUGGCAGUAAGAAGGAACAAGACCCUAGAUUAUCGUCAUUUUUUACUUCACCAUUGUUAUUGCCACCUUCGCCGUGGUCAUCUCUCAAUAGUGGUAUAAGUGGUGGACUAGGAUCAUCGGUUGCAUCGGACUACGGACUGAGUGCUCUUCAUGUUCAGUGCAUCCAGUACUCGGAGUGGGUGCAGCAGAGUUACGGUAAUGAUGAUUCUCUAUUACCAUUAACGAAACCACCAAUGUUACAAUUGGACCGGUUUCGCAGUAACUUCCGUGCUCUAUUACGUCAGUACAAUGGAAGUGGAUUUGAAAGUUAUGACGACGGUGAUGAAAGCUUUAACUGUGGGCUCAGUUUCAAAAAUAAAAACUUUCAGAAGGAUGAAAAUACCUCUUACCAUGAAGAAUUUAACUACAAUCAAAACGACAACUUUGCAUACGAACGACAGUAUGAAGACAAUGUGGAGAAAUAUGGCACAAGUGGGGCUGAUUAUGAUGAAUGUGGCGAUGAUGAUGAUGAUGAUAAUGAUGAUGCUACAGUUAUUUACUGCACUAAUAACAGUUCGCUUUCAGCGGUGAAAAGUGUUGCAGUUGAUACCAUGUGCGUUGACUCACGUGUUGCAGCUACAGCAGCAGAAAAGCAACGCCAAACGACAACGAAAAAUGAACAAUGUCAUCGCUUUAAACAAGAUCAAGAAGACGAUCAAUACUAUCGCUGGAUCGAGGAUGUGAGUGCUAAUAGUCCAGGCCCCGCACCGUUGAAUAUCGUGUUCUGCACUGAGCUUCAUGUCCGCCUGUUUUGGCCUCCAACUAUUUUCCUUCAAAACAUAAAUGACAACAAAGAUACCGUUGAUCCUAAGUUGGCUAUACCCGCCUACGCUCUCGGUACGACCUACAUGGCGACCGAAAUAGCCGCUUAUGAUAAUGAAAGCGAAUCUACUAACCAUGCGCCAUCGGCAUUGGCUCUGAAUCAUGUGAUAACUGCACAACUGGAUCAAGCCGCUCAGGAUAUGCGUCUCAGGUACAAAGAAAUGGAUGAUUUUUUGGAUGGAGCGUGUGCCUAUUCAACUUUGGCCGCUAAAAUAGCCUAUGAACUAUGA